GCCUGAGGUUGCUGAGUUGAAGGACAAGGCAUGGCAAAGAAGCUUUAGUCGCACGCUUGCGAUAGGAAGCGCUCAAGGAAGCCAUAAGCUUUGCAAAGGCCUGAUAUUAGUAGUUUUUCCCCUACCCUUUUAAUUUAUACUUGUUAAUCACUUUGUAAUGGCAGGGAAGCGGCAACGUAUUAAACUAGAGCCUCCGGUUGCGACCGAGGCGGCGCUGCCGGCAGUUUGCUAUCUUCCUGGCGUCCUUACCGAUGGCGCACAACCAUCCAAUGCGCCGUCUACAUCAGCGGCUGCUGCGACGCGGUCGCCGGCUAAGCGACUAAAAUACAGCGUGCAUCGUAGCUCCAAGUCGUUGCAUCACCAUUUAGUCCAUGCAUCUCUUGGCAAUAUCGAAUACGUGGGGCGUAGCGACGGUGCUGAGAAUGCCGGCGUGGCAGCUGCAUCUUAUGCCCUUGGAGUGUACAAUCCAGACACCGGGAAGUUGCAGCUUGUGCACGUCGCUGGCGAACGGCCGUUUAGACUAGAUACAAGGCUGGAGGGGCUGGUGUACGCCCCCACGGGUGCGGGAGCCGAUGAGGAGCAGGACCGUGACGCCAGGAAGAUGGCGGCCAAGAGGCUGGUGGACGAGUUCGGCUCCACUCGGCGGCGGCGGCAGCUCAACGCGCGCGAGGCGGGGGUGGUGGCUGCGGACCGCAUCAGCGGCGGCGAGGCGGUGCAGCAGGUGCUGGGCAGCGUGGCGGCGCGGGGGCAGGGCGAGGGGCUCACGCGCGAGGAGAUGCGGCGGAGGGCUUUCUCCGCGCGCACCGUGCCGCCGCACAACCCCAACGCCACCUCCGCCGCGGCAGCCUACCCGCUGGAGCUGCUGCUGGGGCCGCCUGCAGCCGCGGCGGGCGAGGAGGAGGUUGAGGGCGAGCGGGAGGCGGCGGCGCGGGCGCUGGUCGGGGAGCUGUACGUGCGGCAGAUCCAGGAGGUGGCGGAGGACGAGAAGAAGCUGGAGUUCGCUCGCGAGAAGGAUGUGAUUCCCAGCUACGUGCUGAGCCGGCUGGGUCCGCUGCGGCUGCUCAAGGCCUCCGACUCCGAGUCCGCCGCAUCCCGCGUGCGCCGCCGGGUGCAGUACCUGGCGCUGCUGGCGGCACUGCUGAGGCUGCAGGCUCGGCCCCGGCUGGCUAUCAAGUCCGAAGGCGUGGCGGGUGUGGCGCGGGAGAUGCGGCUGCGGGAGGCGCUCAUGCAGCACCUGCUAGACAAGUUCUACAACCGAGUUGAGGACCCCCUGCGCGGUGCCCGCUACGAGCGCACUGACGCGCAGUCCGCCCUGCUGCUGGCGUACAUCGUGGCGGUGGCGGUGGUGGCGGAGGAGGGGUACAUGGAGGCGGAGCAGGUGCACGCGCUGAGGGAGACGCUCAAG